AUGUCUUCCCUGCCGGGGGUGGCGCGAUAUGAGCGGCUGCCGACGCGCAGCAAAAUUCAGUUCUUUUGGUGUUCCAUGCUUGUCAUGGGCUUUGCCUACCAGUUUCUCAAGAUGACGGUGCUGCGCGUGCAGCCGAAGCGUGAGGAGCAGAUGUACAUGCACAUCAAGAAGGUCUACGGGGACAACCUGCCACCGGAGUUGAUCGACAUCGCCAGACGACAGCGGGAGGCGCAGGACGCCCUGACGCUUUCUAACAUGCUACGCACCCCAACGCCGGGAGAGACUGCGGGUGCGCUGCAGCACGAACUGGACCCACGUCGCAUCGCCCAGCUAAAAAGCUACAACGGCUACUGA